UUCUGCUUCCACUGAACAAGGCCGAGAGCAACCCGUGCUGUUGUUGCUGAGAAAGGGCAGGAUUCAUGAAGGCAGUUUCUUAAGACAUCAGCGCUGGACACUCCUUUUCCCGGGUGACCGUCUAGAACGCCUGCCCUUGGGUUUCCAUCCCCUUCCCUGUCCUGGGGAGCCUGCAGCCUAGGCGGGAGGUGGUUAAGGCUUCUGGCUGCUCUGCAGUGGGGCCAUCUGUGUUUGAUCAAUCCAGGCGGAAAGGGGGAGGGGGGGCUGUAAAGAGACUGAAAGCAUUCCAGAGUAGUGAGAGAGACCAGAGAUCCAGAAAGAGGACGCACCGCCCCCACCCCGCCCCCAGAGUAACCCGCAGGCUCCAGUGGAAGAGGCCCAGGGCUCUCAUCCACGCCGGUGCCGCCCGCCGGCUGCCAUGGGGCCCCGCAGCACCUCUCUCCUCAUCCUGUUGCUUCUGUCGUGGCCCCGACCCCUUCUCGGACAGCAGCACCACCUUGUGGAGUACAUGGAUCACCGACUGGCCGCCUUGGAGGAACGUCUGGCCCAGUGCCACGACCAGAGUACCCGGCAGGCUGCAGAGCUUCGGGACUUCAAGAACAAGAUGCUGCCUCUGCUGGAGGUGGCCGAGAAGGAGCGCGAAGCACUGAGAACCGAAGCAGACUCCAUCUCGGGGAGAGUGGACCGUCUGGAACGCGAGGUUGACUAUCUGGAGACGCAGAGCCCAGCUCUGCCCUGUGUAGAGGUUGAUGAGAAGGUGGCUGGAGGCCCUGGGGCCAAAGGCAAGGGCAGAAGAAACGAGAAGUAUGACAUGGUGACUGACUGUGGCUACACAGUCUCCCAGGUGAGAUCCAUGAAGAUCCUGAAGCGGUUUGGGGGCCCAGCUGGCCUGUGGACCAAGGAUCCGCUGGGGCCGACAGAGAAGAUCUACGUGUUAGACGGGACGCAGAACGACACGGCCUUCAUCUUCCCGCGGCUGCGUGACUUCACCCUGGCCAUGGCUGCCCGGAAAGCCUCCCGGGUCCGGCUGCCCUUCCCCUGGGUGGGCACGGGGCAGCUGGUGUACGGCGGCUUUCUUUACUAUGCCCGGAGGCCUCCCGGAGGGCCUGGAGGGGGCGGUGAGUCAGAGAACACGUUGCAGCUCAUCAAAUUCCAUCUGGCCAACCGGACAGUGGUGGACAGUUCCGUGUUCCCCGCGGAGGGCUUGAUCCCCCCGUACGGGCUGACGGCGGACACCUACAUCGACCUGGCCGCCGACGAGGAGGGCCUCUGGGCCGUCUACGCCACCCGGGAGGACGACAGGCACUUGUGUCUGGCCAAGCUGGACCCGCAGACACUGGACACAGAGCAGCAGUGGGACACCCCGUGUCCCAGAGACAACGCCGAGGCGGCCUUUGUGAUCUGCGGGACCCUCUACGUCGUCUACAACACCCGCCCCGCCAGCCGGGCCCGCGUCCAGUGCUCCUUUGACGCCAGUGGCACUCACCCCGAAAGAGCAGCGCUCCCCUAUUUUCCCCGCCGAUACGGUGCCCAUGCCAGCCUCCGCUAUAACCCCCGGGAGCGCCAGCUCUACGCCUGGGAUGAUGGCUACCAGAUCGUCUACAAGCUGGAGAUGAGGAGGAAAGAGGAAGAAGUCUGAGGAGCCAGCCUCGUCUCUGGGAAUUUCUCUCAGCCUCCUCACAUUUACACCCCCACUAAAUUGCUUGCUCCUAUUCUCCUCAUGUGGACAAGCUGUGGUUCAGACCCCAUAUUUUUAGCCAGUGGAUGCCAAACCCUCACAGCCCCUUCAUUUUAUCCAGGACUCCAGCUCUUGAGUAAUCAAUCCCUUGAGAGCGAAAACAGAGAAAACCCCAAUGUUCACUCCUUUCCUCCUGCGCCACGUCAAGGAAUUUUAGACCAAAGAGAAGCCAGAUCCAGACCUCAGGCCGGCAAAGGGCAACAGAUUCUCUCCCGCCCGACUGAGAGCCGGGACAGAGGCCUGGCAGAAGGAGGCUUCAAGGCCGCCCUCUCUCUCCUGUCUUCGGUGCCCUGAAGAGCCGGACUUUCUCCACGUCAUUUUGUAUUGCAACUUUUUGCAUUAAAAGGAAAAGCCA